AGACCAGGAAAGGCUAAGUGUUUGGUUACCUAGUAAUCAGUGGCAGAACCAAGAUUAGAAUUCAAAUAUGUCUGAUUCCAAUAUCCACAUUCUUUCCACACCAUGUUGAAGUAGUGGAGAUAUAACAUGAAUCUCAAAGGAGAGAAAUUCUCAUCAGUUUUGUUAUUCGGUUGGUGAGUUAAGAGGAAAGAAAUCUUGGUGAUUCUCAGUCUUCUAUUGAUCUCAGUGUAAAACUUAGCAAAGUCAUCUUCUUUUAAUGACUCUGGAACAAUAGGAGGCUCUUAAUUGUAAAAGGAUCUGAGAAAAAUGAGACACUCUGUCUGCAUUUAGAAGACACUCUUUCUAGACAUUAUGGGCAAUGGAGACCACAUGGGUGACCUGAUGAAUUCUGGUUUGGGAAAGACCACUUUAAAAGCAGUGGAGUGGGAAUGACCAAGGUUGGGUGGUGUUUAAUAAAUGUGCAUGUCUAAUAAUAUGUUCAGGGUGGAAGCUGGAAGGGUAACCCUCAGGCUCAUUUUGAGCCUUGAUUUUGUCACCCAGGCAUUGAAGCAGUGAUUCCUGAACUCCAUCGCCUCCAAAAACAACAGCCCUUUGGCGCUUCCAGCAACUGCCCCUCCCCAGAGCUCAGGGAGAGUCCUGCGGAGCUGAGUUGACAUUUAAGCCCCUCCCAGCACCUCCUUCCAGUGUUCAUGCUGAAUUUUUAAAAUCCACAUUGUCCAUCUUUUCUUUCAAUAGAUGAAUUCAGGGCAUUCUCACUCAGCACAAGAAGCCUAUAUUGAUUUCACUCCUUCAAUAUUAUUUCUAUUUUCCUUGGUUGUGGUAUUCUCUUUUAUUUUUGUUGGUAUGAGGAAGUUUCUUUUAACUCCCCUCUUUCCCUCUGUAAUUUGGAAGGUUGACCACACGUCCUAGUUGACUAAUUCAUUAUCAUGUUCAGAGCAGCUUAAUUGAAUAUCAUUUAUUAUUGUAAUAAAGUAAAUAAUGACAGUAGCCUUGCUUGACGUGUUUACCCCACCUCCCAUGCCCCACAGUGACGUGAGAACUUUGGAAUGUUCUCUUUUCACUCUCUUGCUUUCCCCUUAGUGAACCCCUGCCCCAUACAUGGGUUUUGUUGAAAUAACUGAAAACUUGUAGUUGCAGAUCAUUGCUAAAUUUCCUCUGACAGUGUUUCUCUUCUGGUUCAAGAACUCUUUACACUCACUUCACCUUUUUUCAGCGGCAGCAUCACUCUUGCCAUCUGCUCCUGUCUUGUCAUCCUUGUUCCUAUCCAAUGAUCAGAAGACUUCCAUUAUUUUCUUCAGAUACCUCAAACUCUGAAUUCCAGCAUGGGAGAAUUCAAUGCUUCUGCCACGUCUGAGAUGUUUAUAUUUCACAAUGGAGGUGUACAAAUUUUAUGCAAAUACCCUGAUACUGUCCAACAGUUUAAAAUGCAGCUGUUGAAAGGAAAUAAUAUACUCUGUGAUCUCACUAAAACAAAGGGAAGCGGAGACAAGGUGUCCAUCACGAAUCUGAACGUCUGUCAAUUUCAGUUAUCCAAUAACAGUGUCUCUUUUUUUCUGUAUAACUUGGACAGUUCUCAUGCCAGCUAUUACAUCUGCAAACUAUCAAUUUUUGAUCCUCCUCCUUUUCAAGUAGAUAUUCUAAGCAAAGAAUAUUUGAAUAUUUACGAAUCACAGGUUUGUUGCCAGCUGAAGUUCUGGUUACCCAUAGGAUGUGCGGCUUUUGUUGUAGUGUGCAUUUUUGGAUGUGUCCUUACAUGUUGGCUUACAAAAAAGGAAUGGAGAUGGGGAAGAGCAGAUGACAAACCACGUUUCUGCCUUUUCUUGCAGAAGUAUCCUUCCAGCAUGCACGACCCUAAUAGUGAAUACAUGUUCAUGGCAGCUGUGAACGCUGCUAAAAAGCCUGGACCCACAGAUGUGACCCGUAAUUUGGAACUCUCUGGCACCCAGGCAUGAGCCGCACUGGCCAGUUCCCUCCAACUUGAAGAGCAAGAUUCUCUAUUUCCUGGACCACAGAGAGUCUGACUUGAUUUGACUACGUACAUCUUUUGGUGAUGUUUUGUUCCGUCUGGACCAGUGACUAUAUCAGUCAAUAGGGAUUUUAACAGACUGCCUUAGUACCGUUAGAGUUCUCUCAAAACAAAUACCCUCUCGCAACUAGCUUUAUAGAAAGCCCAGCUUGUGUGUGCUCAACAAACAGACCUCACUGGGAUGGAAACCCUGUCUUCAGAUCUGCUUCUAAGCAAUGCAUCAGCCAGGAGAACAAACACAUCUAUAAAAAUGUUUUAAAGAGGUCAAGGGUAUGGAAUCUGCAAAGCAAAUGGACAGCUGAGGGCCAGAGUCUGUCUGCAUUUCACUAACAGACUACCUCUUCUUUCUGUAGGGAGGAGUAUUUUAUAAUCAGGCAGUAGAGGGAGAUGCUUCAAAACUGCAGUAAUUUUAUCUCUGAGGUGUGGAUAUGUAAGGAUAGCCUACUAAUACAGUGGAACACAGUACUCUUCUCCAACUUCUGAACCCCAGUUGACCACUGCACAAGCAAUUUAGGUGCCUUCUUCUGCCCUCAAUUUUCCUUUUAAAAAUACUUCCACAUAAGUACUUGACAGACAUGCUGAGUUGGGAGCUAUGUUUACAUUUUUUCCUUCUGCUGCUUAGUUUCAUAUAUAUAGCUGCAGCCUAGUGAAUAUAACUUGCCUAUAUUCUCCCUAAAUAAGCAUAUUUUUUGCUCCAGAAAGAUAUCUUAUUUUCCCAAAUUCAGUUCAAAUGAUUUACUUUGCUGACUCAUUGACACCAGUAGUAGGAAACAUUGCCCAGAAUCAAAAGUGACUUCAUUUUUUGGUAUUCUUUUCUGCUGUUAUCUGUGUUUUCAUGGUGCUAUUAAUUACAAGCUAGGCUAGUUUUGGAGAUCAUGCUAAAAUUGCAAGCAAACAAAGGAAUCCAUCUUUCACUGUCAAACAUUGUCCUGGGAGAUAGAACCCAUGAUCUAUUCAGCAUGAAACCUGCAGUUCCUAGAGGUCACUGCCAAACUAUAGCCGCGCUGCCUCUGGGCUUUAUAGGUUGAAACAGCCCCCAUCAGCCCGGAGCAGCCAUCCAGACCUGGGUGGAAUUCCCAGAAUUGAGAAACUCCGCUUAGCCAGGACAAACAGGUGCUCUUGCCCCCAAAGGCUGAAGUCACCCUGGGGAUCAGAGUGGGUUUGCCUGCAUUUUCCUCCAGGAUCUGUGAAGAAGCACAGACGUGUCAAGGAACAUCUGUAUGAUUCCGUCUCCUAGAAACCAUUCAGCCUGGAAACCGACCCUGGCCCUUCAAAGCAGUCUUCCUUUGAAUUUGGUUUAGCUGGAAAGAUUCUUAAGUACAUGUGACAUGUGAUUAUUCUUAGCUGAAAUACUUUCUCCACUUCCUGUCUGCAUACCCAAGGCUUCUGAAGCAGCCAAUGUGUAUGCAACAAUAUUUUCAACUUAGGUAAAAAAGGGAUUAUUUAGUAGUUUUAAAACUUGUAGUUGCCUGCUUAUAGUUUACUUUAAAACUGAGGCCUGAUAUGUCAUUAUACAUACUUAUUUUAAGCAUGUGUAAUGCUGGAUAUGUACAGUACAGUACUGAACGUGUAAUUUGAAUCAAGUACGGUGUUUCGCUGACUUGGGCAACCUGGCUGUCUUGGCAGAGGUGUUCUCUGAGUUGUUUGCAGGUUUCUGCGUGGGUGUCAAGUGGGGAGGGCCACUCUCGUGUGGUCUGCUUCUCCUGAUCGUCCAAGUUGUGCCCUGAAGCAUCCUCAUCCUUAGCCCUGUACAUUUCAAAGUGAAUUAUUAAAGAAUACAAUUUCUGUGAAAUAAAAACUGGUUUUAAGAGGAGCUAAUUAUGAAAGACAUUUUUGUAGUAGUAGGAAACUAAAGAAUAAACAUUUGAUAUUCAGCUGAAAAGAUCUGUUUUCUUGGGGGAGGGAAAUGAUUACUGUAGCCAGCACUUGCAAAUUUGACCUUGUUCUUAAAGAUCGUGACACUGCUUGGAACAGUUCCUCUUUUCAUUUUUUUUUUUUUUUUUUUGCA